AAUCAAUCAAUCAAUGAGCAUUUGAAAUUUAGUUAUAAGCACUCAUGACUCAUGCAUAGCCUAACUGCAUACUAUCUAUGUACUUAGUUGCCAAUAGGCCAGGAAUAAGCCACACAAAUAAACUGUCUUAUUCAUCGAACAUUCCAUUCUGAGAAACAUGCAUAUUUUUCUACAUCAAUGUAGGUACUUCUAGUUUCCACACAUAGGUAAUUAAAUGACGUAGAUUUUAUUCAUAAAUUAAACAAGACUGUGGCUUCUCACAACCAGUUUGGUUUAAUCUAACACGUUUGUAACGAGCCGUGAAUUUGGAAUUUUUUUUAAAUCGAGGAACAGUUUCGCAGAAAGAAUGAAAUUUGAAUACAAUUGUAUGAUUGUGAUUGCACGAAUACGGAACCGGCUGCAUACGAGAUGACCUGCAAGGCUGCACGUGAAUGUAAAUUUUUCAGAUUUCAAUAUUUAUAGGGAUCUCUUCUGUUUAUCAUUUUAGAGGUGAAGAAAAAUUCCACAUCAAUAAGUGAUAGAUGAACUAAAAGUUACUUAUAGAAAUGGAAACCAAAGGCGUCUCGAUCACAUGGCAAAACCUUACGGUCAAAGUUGACAUCAAAACACAGCAUAUAUUUCGAAAUGCCACCCAUACUGUCAAAGAAUUGAUUCAUAAUGUGAAUGGACAUGUCAGACCGAACAAUUUGGUAGCGAUUAUGGGCGCAAGCGGAUCGGGUAAAACUACAUUGAUGUCAGUGCUGGCAAAUAGACGAUUAGGGGAUUUCAAAGUUGCUGGAGAUGUUCGAAUAAAUGGUCAAAAAAUACCCUCUGACUUGAUGAAGAAAAUUUCAGGAUUCGUUUAUCAAGAUGAUUUAUUUGUUCCUACAUUAACUGCUUCGGAGCAUUUACAUUUGGUGGCCCGAAUAAAAUUAGACAAGAAAAUUACCACCAAACAUCGUAAAGCAUUGAUAAACGAAAUAUUAAAAGAUGUUGGUCUGACAGAAUGUGCGAAUCGUUUUAUUGGCACUUCGACUGACGAUGAUGGACAGCUGAACUUAUCAGGAGGUGAACGAAAACGAUUAUCUGUAGCCACCGAAUUAUUAAUCAAUCCAGCUUUGCUGUUUUGUGAUGAACCAACCACAGGUUUAGAUUCAUAUUCAGCUUUAAAAGUGAUGACUGUGAUUAGGAAUAUGAUUAAUCAAGGUGGUAAAACGAUUAUUUGCUCAAUUCAUCAACCCAGUGCAAAAAUACUCGAUUUGUUUCAUCAAAUAAUAUUGUUACACGAUGGAAAAAUCGCGUUCUGUGGAUCUAUCGAGAAUGCUCUAGAAUUUUUUCAAAGCAUCGGUUAUUUCUACAAUAAAAAACAAAAUCCAGCUGACUAUUUUCUUAAAAGUCUCUCAGUAGUUCCCGAACGUGAGCUGGAGUUCAGUCGUAAAGCUGCUGAGAUUUGUUUGAAAUUUCAAGAAAGUCAAUAUUCCAAGAUGAUUUGCGAACAAACUGAGGAGGAGAGCGGUAGAAUAGAGAAGCUCAGUGGACUGGAAAAAAUCGAAUAUAUCUCCUGGUUCCAAAAGUUUCAGCUUAUAACUUAUCGUGAAGUUCUGAGUGCCAAGAGAAAUCCCUCGAAACUAUGUAUAAAUAUCAUCAGGAGAAUAGCGUUUGCUUUAUUUGUGGGCUUUUGUGUGAAAAAAAGCACGAUCACGAAUCAAGAAAGUAUUCAUUCCAUGAAAGGAUUACUGUUUGUGAUUGAGAAUCAAAACUUCUUUCCUUAUUUUUAUACUGCCAUCAAUCAUUUUCCAAAGAAAAUGCCUUUGUUUUUGCGAGAGUAUUCUAAUGAUAUGAAUACACCGCUGAUUUUUUAUUUAUCAAGCAUUAUUUCGCUGAUUCCAGGGUUACUGUUGGAUUCGAUUUUAUUCACAGUUAUAGCGUAUGUGAUGUUAGACUUACGUAAGAAUUGGUUCGCUUUUUUUGUAACCAUAAUGGCGAAUAUUUUGAAUUCUAAUCUAUCAGUUUCAUUUGGAAUUAUGGCAUCAUUGGCAACAAACAACUUUCAUAUCUCUGACACCCUGGCACUACUUCUUGGCACAUGUUUUUAUCCAUUUACAGGAAUGGUGAUGAACAUUAGAUCAAUUCCUGCGAUAUUUUUAUGGAUACGGUAUUUUUCAUGGCUGACAUACGCGUUUGAAUGUGUGCUGAUCGUGUACUUUGAAGGGGUCGAACAUAUUGAGUGUUCGAAGACAGAAGUAGGUGCGCAAUGCUUGAAAAAUGGCCAAGAAGUUCUGCACUCGAUGGGUUUCGAUAGUGCGAAUUUGCGAGGAAAUAUAAUUACGAUGAGUUGCAUGUAUUUGAUUUUCCAGUUGCUUAGUUUUAUUGCAUUAAAAAUCAGAUUGUAUUUCAAAGUAAAUAAUUGAAUGGAA